AUGCCGCCACCCAUCGUGUUUCCACCACCACUAGUCGCCUCCCCACCACCACCGGACGACAUACAACCGCCAAAUCUCCCAUUCCUAUCACCUCCGACCGUAAUCCCCGACUCCCCAACCCUCCCGCUGUUCUCUCCGCCGCCGGACUCCUUCCUUCCGCCGGCGCCGCCGCUCGUCCCAAUGUUCUCCCCACCAAUUCAAGAUUCCCCUGUAAUUCCAUUGCUCCCACCCGAAUCACCACCCUUCAAUUUUCCACCAUUAGUCUUUUCUUCCCCUCCGCCGGAACCCGACUCGACGCCGACACCCGCUUUUCCGUUCCCAUUUCCGGAGUCGCCGGACUUGUUUCUGCCGCCUCCGGUGGAGCCCGACAUCCCAGUGAAUCCGACCCUGCCUUUGCCGUUUUCAUCGACGCCGCUGGCACCGGAAGUUGGGUUCAAUCAGCCGUGGGAGCCGGUACUACCGCCGCUGCCUUUCUUGCCACCGUUUCGGCUUCCACCUCAAUUUGGUUCACCGCCGUCAAAGAAGUGA